CUCUGGCACUGACAGAGGGGAGGGAAAUGAGCUGCACUUAGACUUGGUCUCUGACCGCGCCCUCCUCAUCGCCCCCCCCCCCCCCCCCCCCCGGGUUCUGUCUCUGCUCUGGGGCUGGAGGGCAACGGAAAGAAAACUUGCAAGGCAGCCUGGGGGCUUAAGCGAAAAUCAGGCUAGAGGAGGAUCCGACUAGGAGAAGAAAACAUUUUCUUCUCUCCUUUUCUCCCUUCGGGACUUUUGGACACCCCCGCCCCCUGCACUUGCUUGUUUCAUCCUAUAUCCCUCUCUUGCCUCUCUUUUCCCUACCCCCUCCUUGCCUGGCAUCUAGAGGGGACUUCUGAAGACCUGUCUCUUUGUAAACUUUUCCCCCUUUGGUGGGAGUUGGGGUCGGGGAGAGGGAGGGUGAGAGGGCCUGCAAACUCCAGUCCGGCUCUGCGCUCUACGGACCUGCAGGCGCUGCCUCCAGUUCCUUAAAGCCCGCUGAGGCUAGGAGGAGGAGGAGGAAGAGAAAGCUGGAGGCGGGGAGGACGAAGGGGAAGGAGAGAGAAGAGGGAUAGCUGCUGCUCUUGGAAUAAGAAGAGACAGUGGCGACAGUAGACUAGAGGACUUGGGUGCUGGGGUUUUGUUUUGUUUUGUUUUUCGGGGGAGAGAGUCUUUUCCCCUCCCCAGUGGUCACUAGCGGGGUUUGCCUUUGAUGGCACUGCGCAGUGGGACAGGUUGGUUUGGCCAGGUCUUGCGCAGAGUGUCCGGGCUCCCCGGCACCUGGUCCCGGCGCUCCAGCAGCCUCCUCUGCCUCUCUUCCUCGCAGGAGCCUGAGGCUCGGCCGCGCCAGCAGCAGCAUCAGGAGCAGCAGCAGCAGCCACAGCAGCAGCCGCCACCACGGCGGCGGCGGCGGCAUCAGCAGUUACCGCAGCUCCAGCUCCAGCCUUAUCCCCUCCACCUCCACCACCCGCGCCGUAGCAGUGGCGGCAGCAUCAGCAGCAGCAGUAGCAGCGUUGGCGGAGGCUACCUCCCAUACCCCCCGCCCCUUGGGCAGCCGCCCCACUGCUGCUUACAACUUCCCAGUAGAGGAGGAGGAGGUGGAGGAGGAGGAGGGGGAGGACGGGGAGGAGGAGGAGGAGGCGGCGGCGGCAGGAGAGCAGGAGGCGGUGGCUGCUGCGCGCUGCAGUCGGACCGCCGGGCGGCCGGGGGACAUGCACCCCGUGCCGGCCCCUUGCUGGCGGCCAUGAAGCGGCAGAACGUGCGGACCUUGUCCCUCAUCAUCUGCACCUUCACUUACCUCUUGGUGGGCGCCGCUGUCUUCGACGCCCUGGAGUCCGACCACGAGAUGCGCGAGGAGGAGAAACUCAAAGCCGAGGAGAUCCGGAUUAAGGGAAAGUACAACAUCACUAGCGAGGACUAUCUCCAGCUGGAGCUGGUCAUCAUGCAGUCGGAGCCCCACCGCGCUGGGGUCCAGUGGAAAUUCGCCGGAUCCUUCUACUUCGCGAUCACCGUGAUCACCACGAUAGGUUAUGGCCACGCAGCCCCUGGUACGGAUGCUGGCAAAGCCUUCUGCAUGUUCUACGCCGUGCUGGGCAUUCCACUGACCCUGGUCAUGUUCCAGAGCCUGGGGGAGCGGAUGAACACCUUUGUUAAAUACUUACUGAAGAGGAUUAAGAAGUGCUGUGGCAUGAGGAGCACUGAGGUGUCCAUGGAGAACAUGGUCACCGUGGGCUUCUUCUCCUGCAUGGGGACCCUGUGCAUUGGGGCCGCGGCCUUCUCCCAGUACGAGGAGUGGAGUUUCUUCCACGCCUAUUACUACUGCUUCAUUACCUUGACUACCAUAGGGUUUGGGGACUACGUGGCCUUGCAGACCAAGGGCGCUCUCCAGAAGAAGCCACUGUACGUGGCCUUCAGUUUCAUGUACAUCCUGGUGGGGUUAACAGUCAUUGGGGCCUUCCUCAACCUGGUCGUCCUCAGGUUCUUGACCAUGAACAGCGAGGACGAGCGGCGGGACGCCGAGGAACGGGCCUCGCUGGCGGGCAAUCGCAACAGCAUGGUCCUCCACAUCCAGGAGGAGGCCCAGCACGGCCGGCCGCGGUACAAGGCCGAGGUCACGGACCUCCAAUCCGUCUGCUCAUGCAUGUGCUACCGAUCCCAGGAGUAUACCAGCCGGAUGGUGUCCCACCAAAAUUCCUUCAGCACCAAGCUGAACCCCCAGUACUUUCACUCCAUCUCAUACAAGAUUGAAGAAAUUUCUCCAAGCACAUUAAAAAACAGCCUUUUCCCAUCCCCUGUUAGCUCCAUCUCCCCUGGCCUACACAGCUUUACUGAUAACUACAGGCUGAUGAGACGGCGGAAGUCCAUUUAGGAUUUUUUAAGAAAGAAAAAAAAAAGUCAUUUGUCUUCUCUGGCUUUACCUUCCAUUGGUCCAUCUCCUUUGCCCUCCUUUUUGUUUUUGUGGGGGUUUUUUUGUUGUUCUUGUUUUUUUUUUACAGGUCUGUCAUUUUCUUUCCCGGUCCUUUGUUCUUGCUACCCUUUCUUCCUAAGCUCCCAAGAGAGAUGGAGUAAGGCCAAAGGGGGAAGAAAUAGCCAGUCCUCCACUGAGACUCAGAACUGCGCAUGAAGCAUGAACCCUUCCCAGCAAAGUUUGCCUUACGUCUCUGCUCCCUCCUUCAUCCCAGCCCCUUCACUUUCCCAGACCCCCUUCCUCUGCCCCUACCAGGAUGUGAGGUGACAUGAGGUGGAGCUGAGUGGGUACCAAAAUCCAAAGAUGCACACCAAGCUUAGAGAGCCUUUGGGCACCUCAGGGUGCCUCUGACCUAAUUCAUUGCUUCUCUUUCCUCCUCAAGGAGCAGGUCACUACAUAUGUGUGUGCAUGCGUGUGUGCGUGUGCACACAUGGGGCGAGUGUGUGGUGUGUGUGCAGUUAGUUCCACAAAAAAAACAAAAACAAAAACAUAAGCAUCAGGUAUUCAUUUUUUUCCCCUUCAAGAAAUAGUGUAAAAGGCCCGUUUUCAACUUUCUGACUGCUUCCACUUGGAAAGAAGGAAAAACAAAACAGCCAAAAGGGGUUUUAAACGUUGAUUCUGCCAAAAUGAAGCAUGUGCAGUGAGCAGUCUAUAUGUCUAUAGUCCAGGUGCAUCAUGGUCAUUUCUUUUACUUCCAGAUUCUAAAUUGUCUUAACACUCUUUUCUUUACAGGGGGUGACGGGUGGGGGAAGGAAAAGAAGGAUCAUUUUAGCUUGCCAGUUCAAAAUUUUUUAAAAAGCAUGCACUUUGUAAAACUGGUAUGCAUUAUAAACAGGAGACAACAACAACAAACUAGCAAUGGAACCAAUAAUCAAAAGCAAAUAAUCUCAUUAAUUUAUUAAAUGACAUUUUAUUUUUGUCAUUUCCUACAGUUCCAACAAUUUACCAAGCAACUGAAGUGUCAGGGGAAACUGGAAAAUUGUUGGAGCCUCAAAAUAUCAAUUUUAUUAUUUUCCUCUUAUUUAUACUAUUAUUAUUAUUAUUAUUAUUUUGUGCAGCAUCUACCUGCAUGAAUAGGAAUUCUAUUUUUGGAAUACUUGGAUAAGGAUGGGUAUGAAUAGGUGGAUGUCAUUUUUUUCCUUAAUAAACAAUGACAGGACCUUCCUUGUUUUAAAAAAAAUACAACAAAAAUUGUCUUUAAAUGCUUUUGAUUGGUAAAUAAGGGAAUGUUCAUGCUGGUCUCAGGAAGAGUUUCAAGGGAAAGUAUCUUGUGUUUUGGCCUACAGGGAAGUUGUAAUUCCCCAAAGAGUUUAGGUCUAAAAAUGCUGGCCUGUUGGCAGUGGGAGAUGAUAACUUCAAACUCAUUGGGGGGCGGAAAUCAUCUGGUGGUCUAAAUUCGAUCACUCCCUCUUCUGAUUCCCCAACUCUGCCCCAAAUAUCGUGUCCAUGUGAUCUUUUACUUUUGGAGAUUGUCCUACUUUCAUGUGCAGAGGCCUAUGUGCCUUGGUGUGCACAGUAGAGAUGCAAUUGCUGCUAAAACACCUAAAAAGAUUUGACUCAAUGAAAUUACAUCCCAACCAACAACUCCUCACAAGUGCCACCAACCCCAAGAAUUAGGGCCAUUUAACCAAAAGGGAGGAGGGGGAGAGAGAUACUUUAGGAGGGUGCCAGCACAGUUGUUUAUGCUUGGGCAAAUCUUCUGUAAAAUGAUGGAGGCAGACAAGAUGAUCUCUAAGGUCUCUUUCAGCUCUAUAUGCUUGAAUUUGUGUUUUCCUUCAGCCCCAAAAUGUACCUCCUGUCAUAAGACAAAGAGGAGGACAGGAGAGUCCUACCAGCUACCUUCCAAGCUAACUAAGCUAUCUCCUUUAACCUGUCCUUUGUCUCUGGCAAUUGCUUUCUUUGGGGAAAAAUACAUAAUCCACACUUGCAUACAUCCAUAUGUAUUAUGGAUUUUACACUCAGCCUGCAUAUACACAUACACAUGUUUAUUUGGGGGGCUAGUCAAUGAAAGUUUUCCAAGACUUUCCAGAGAACUUACUCAAAAUAAACAAAAGCAAGCUAGCAUGUCUUCAUAGGCCAUACCCAAUAUGGAAAAGAAUUUUGAAUGCAUCCUAUUUGAUAACUUGUAUAUGAAAACUUUCUAAAAAUAUAUUCUUUUUAAAAAAAAAAAUCAUCAUAACAGCCCUGUGGGCAAGGAGUAGUAUUCCCAUUUUGCUGAAGAAGAACCUGAGCUCCAGAAAAAACAAAUAGAAUCUGCUCACUAAGGUCCUGUGGCAAAUGAGUGGCAGAGCCUGGGCUUGAACUCAGGACUCAGAACUUCAACCUGAAGGAGGACCUCAAAGGUCAUGUAGUCCAACUUAUAACUAAUUAGCAAUUUCCUCUACAUUCCCAUCCAUCCUCUCAUUGAAGUCUCCCAAUCUACCAAACCUUAGAUCAAGGGUCUAAUCCAUUGUGUUACAAUCACCUCUUUUGGUGGUCUUCUGAGAGGAGAAGCAGCAACCCUUUAAUAGAAUCUUCUGCGGAGACCACUCAUACUUUUAUUUAAUUACAUUAGCCCAAAUGAUAGAAUUUGGAGAGGUUGUUUGGGUGGUGAACAUGGUAACAAAAACUUCAUGCUAUUGACAUUUCUGAGCUAUGGCUUACGCAUACCAGGGGUCAUAUUUUUAAAUUUAAAUUUAAUUUAAUGUUUCAAUAUUUCUUUCUACUUUUUCUUAAUCCUGACCCUCCACCCCUGACUCCAAUUUUGAGAAAUAUAUAGUGUAUAAGAAUAAAAAUGUGGUUUGAUUCUAUAUCUUUCUAAUAGAAAGACGACCUUUUACCUGUUAUGGCAUCUUGUCAUUAAGUAGGGAUUUUGUGUUAAUUUUGGAUUUGACAUCUAGAAGACCCUGAAAAGCACUUGACUUUUCCCCCAAGGUCUCAGAGUUGGCCACAUUUUAUUCCUAUGAAAUGAGGACCAUGAAAUGAGGAAAGAUGGGGCUAAAGUCACAUGAGGACUUAAGGUUUAAAAUCACUCCUUUAUCCACUAGGGAUCACUUCCUUCUCUUCUUCUAUGUUAGCAUGGUAGAACACUGGAUCUGUUAGGGAUCUUAGAAAAUAGAAUUUUAGUUCAUAAAAUAUGAAAUGUAAGAACCCAGAAUAAAAGGGAAACUUUAACCUCACCACCUAUAGAUAAAGAAACCAGAGACCCCUGACUCAUCCAAGACUGGACACAAUAAGUCAGUAGCAGGAUAGAUUGUUGAUCAAGGAAUCAACAUUUAUUGGUCCAUUUAUUUAUCAUCUACUGUGUGUCAAGCACUAUGUUCGGUUUUGGGAUACAAAGACCAAAAUUACAUGUACUAGCUUAGUUUUCUAGCCUUCUGUUCUUUCCAUGACACUACACUGUCAUGUUCAUAAAGUUUCCUACUAAAAAAACAAAGUUAAAAAAGUGUCCCUAUUAUCUCUGGUGGGAAUGUUUCUGGUGAGUCCCAGGGAAAAAUAAUGAGACACAUUGAAAGCACUAAUGAUAGAUUACUAUGUGAUAGGCUGGUGAGAGAACCAUGUUAGAGACUAAUUCUGAUAUGCUUUUGCUGGUUGGAAUUCUCUGGUUUUGGAGACCCAAGUUUAUUUGUGAUAUGUUGGAAGAGAAAAACAGUGAGAUAUAAGUGAGUUUUGUUAUCACAUGGUCUAAGUUUUGUCUCAAGCCAUGGAAUUGAAUAUUUCCCUAUUACAGAGAAAUUUGCCAGGGGUAGAGGCUUGUGAACUUGAGUCUGAAUGUAAGACUAGUAACUUCUCCCAGGCAUUUCUGGUUACUCUUUCUAAUGGGCACAGUGGUUUGGAUGACACAACCCAGCAGAUAGCUCUCCAUCAAUUCUGUUUGUUUUUGUAGAGAAAAAUGUUAGAUGUUUAUUUUAUUGUUUCUCCCAGCAGAUUUUUCUUUAACUGAGUUCUUUCUGGCUGACAUGAAUAAAACAAGAAACAUUCUCUGGGGCCAAUGAUGACUAGCUAGGGAGGGAGGAGAAGUGGUCCCAGAGCUAUAGCAGUGAAAAGCUAGCCUAAGACAGGGCUUGGUUGUGUAUUUGUUGUUUUAUGGGGUGCCCAUAGGAAAAAAAUAUUAUUCCUGCUCUUUUUGGUGUAUUGAUCAUUUGUAAUAGCAGAGUUGUGGAAUCAGAAGCUAGUCUGAGUAUUAGGAGGUAGUGGGGCAUGGAAGAUGGUGGUGGCAAAGUGAUGUAAGAAGAGCCAUUGAAAUGGACAGUCUUUUUCUCUUCAGUUUUGUUCACAAUAAGCCCAGAAGAUAAAUAAUUCUAUAAGAGUAGUAAAGUAAACAAAGAUAUGAGUUACUUGGGGGAUCAUAGAAUCAUUAAUGUUAAAGCUGGAAGGGACCUUAGAACAAAACAUGAAAUCAUAGAACAGAGAAUAUAAAACUUUGGCACAUGGAAUGUAGAAUACUAAGGCUGAAAGUUGAGAUCAUCUAAUCUAAGAGCUCUUAAAUUUUUGUGUGCCUCAUGGAUUGCUCUGGCAGUCUGGAAAAGCCUAUGGACCUAAGAGUAAUAUUUUUAAAAAAUAUAAUGAAAAAUAUUCAAUUUCACUUUGAAGUUAGCAUAAGCAUACAUUAAUAGAUAUGUGAUUUUUUUCUCAUUCAAGUUUACAGGCUCCUUGAAAUCUAUUCAUGGGCCUCAGGUUAAGAACCCUUGAUCUAGUUCAACUCUCAUUUAACAGAAAAGGAAAAUGAGUUCCAGUGAGUGGAGGCUACUUGCCGACGGUCAUGUUGCUGGUUAAUGGUAGAUCCGAGAAUUAUGGUUUUUAUCCCCCUGGGAAUAUCUUGUUAGAGACCUGGUUUCAAAAACUUUUCUGGGUCUCAUUUCUCAUCCCUUUCUCCUUUUGAGAUCACUUAAUUAUAUUACAUGGCAUUACUCAGACUGCUUCUGUUCUAAAUCUCAGAGAUGCCACAUUCUAGCAGGUUUCUUGGGAAUAUUCUUGAGGGUUCAAGUCCUAUUCCAAUCUUAUAUCCACAUUUCAAGGAUCACAGCAUUUCUAUGUCUUAGAAGGUAAUUUUCAUUAAGCUGGUAGAGGUAAAACCCCCAUCAGUCCUGAGGUCAACCUAUAGUCUGUCACUGGUCCAGUAGUCCAGUACAAGAUAAAAAAGAACUCCAAAUUCUAUUCAAUUGCCUAGAUGGCACAGUGGAUAAAAUAUUGGACUUGGAGUCAGGAAGAUCUGAGUUCAAAUUCUGCUUCUUGACAUACUAACAGUAUAACCCUGAGCAAGUCAGUUAAUAUAUCUGCCUCAAUUUCCUCAUCUGGAAGAUGGGGAUAAGCAUAGCAUCUCACUCAAAAGGUUGCAAUGAGAAUCAAAUAAGACAAUAUAUGUAUAGAUCUUUGCUAUCUAAAUGCUGGCUAUCCACAUCACAAUCUAUUCAUCAUUAACCCAUUCUUUCAUUGGCUGAGCCUUAUAAUUUCUCUCUUUGCCAAAGGAGAGGGCUGGACUAGAUGAUUUCUAAGGUCUCUUCUAGCUCUAAUAAUCUAAUCAGUGUCCUAAGAUCCAAUUUCUAGCUCUGACACCCUAUUAUCUAUGCUCUGACUUUCUAUAUAUUGCAAGGCUGCCUUCAUUACUGACAUUUUAUGUUCUAUGAUUUUUCCCCCCUGUGCUGAGGACUUUAAGACUCAGAUCACUUCAUAAUUACCUGUCACUGUAAACAAAGACAAAGUAGGUUUUUGUUUUCCCUCUCUCUAAUUAAUUUAGAGGUGACGCUACCAAACCACCAUCAAUAAGACAUGUCCUCUGCAUCAUUCAUCUUCAUUGAACUGAGCACAGAUAACAGGGAAAACCUAUCCUUGGGACAAGGAAAAUAAGAUGUGGUCCCUGCCCCUAGGCAGCUUACAGUGUAGUAGGGAAUAUAGGACAUGGACAGAAAAAUAUAAUUAAAGAGCAUAGGAAGUGUUAUGAGGACUCAGGAGAUAGCUCUUUGUAUAUCCCUCCUAAAUUGAAACCUGAAGGAUGGAGAAAAUUUAUAUUAGGGAAUAGGAGAGGUAGAGAGUCAUUUAAUUUUAGAAUUGGAAGGGAUGUGGCCUUGCUGAAAUCCUCCUCUUUUCUUCAAAGCCCAGAUUACCUGCCAUCUUCUGUGUAAAGCCUUCCCUGAACCUCUUCUCAGCCAACAUUCUCUGAGAGCUCUUUGCUUGGCCUCUGCUUUGCCCUGAACACAUUCCACCUUAGAAUCAUAUGUGCAUGUUCUUGUUUGCUCAAACAAUCAAUCAACAAACAUUUACGCAGCACCUACUAUGUGGUAGGCACUGGAUAUUAAAUUCUUUAAAGGCAGGAAGCCAUUUUAAAAAAAUCUCUGGGUUAGUAGCACUGAGCCAUGCACUUAGUAGGUUUUAUAUAUGUAUAGACACGUGACUGUGUAUACCUUUAUAUGCACAUAUGUAGAUAUGUACACACAUGUCCCAUAUAUUUCUAUUCAUAUAUAUUUGUAUAUGCGUGUAUAUAGGAUUAUAUUGAAUUCUAAUCAAUGGGAGAAAAUAAUCAAUGGGAAUCAUGCAAAUAUAGACACGAAGGAGGGAAUGGUUUUCCCUGUUUGGGGUCAGAGGCCAAUUUAUGGUCAUAGAAUAGAGCAAAGCUAAGUGGACCCAUAGAGGGUCUUGAAACCGUGACCUAAAUUGACCCCAUUAACUAUCUCACCAGCCACAGAUUACUUUCUGGGGUAACCAUUCUUUCCUUUACUCCAUCCCCUUCUCCCCCCCCCCCCCAAUCUGCUGGAAAAGUUAGCAAUAACUUAGUGGAAAAUAAGUUUAAAAGGCAAACAAACUGCUUAGUCAUUUAAUGACUAAAUGUUUAGUCAUGAAAGAAGCUUCCUAGUAUGAUGGAAAGAGCAGAGAACUUGAAGCCAAAAGAGAUUUGGAUUUGAAUCUUGCCUUUUUUUUUUUUUACUGGCUGUGUGACCAUGGACACAACCUUUUAAAGUCUCAACUUUCUCAUUUGUAAAAUGGGGAUGGAAAUAUAUGCAGAAGCUACCCUGCCACUGGUUAUUGCAAGGAUUGAAUGAAUUGAAGUAAAUCUAUUUGGAAAACUUAAAGAACUAUAAAAAUAUCAAUUAGUACUAAUAUAACAAUGAUCUAUGUAGACCUUCUACUGCACCAUUUUUCUAACCUCACCAUUUUCUUAUUGGGUGCUGGUCAGGAAGACCUGAGUUUGAAUCCUUCCUCAGGCACAUAUUUAAUAGCUAUGACAGAGAGAAGGGUUAAAAAAUGACUUGGGCAGGGCCAGUUUCCUUCUCUGUAAAAUAUGGAUAAUAAUAGUAUCUAUCUCACAAGGUUAUUGUGAGGAUCAAAUGAGAUAAUGUAUAUAAGUAGUGCUCUGCCAACCUUAAAGCACCAUGUAAAUAUUAGUUACUAAAUUAUAUAUAUAUAUAUUCAUAUAUCCACAUUGGCAACUCUUUUCAAUCUAAUUCUCCUUCUCCCAUGGUUAGGCCACCUAGACACUGGGGUUCCCCCAACAUAAUUUCUGAGAGUGUGACAGUAGAUAGAGGAAAGAAUAUCGGACUUAAUGUUUGAGCUAGGGCUUGACUAAGGUCGCAAAGGGAAUAAGUAUUGGAGGACCAGAAGUUCAAGUUAUUAAACUAGCUGAGUUCCUUCUUCUUAAACAAAUGGGAAUCAUUAUACCAGCACCACCUCCUUCUCAGGGUUCUUGUGAGAAAUGCACUUUAUAACUAUAUUGCUCUUUAUAAAUGCAAGCUACUUAUAAUUAUCAUAGUAUCAUCAUCCUGUGAUUAAUAUUUGCAACUAUUGCAAACAGCCACGAGACUGUUUUUAUGUAUCUUCUCUGCUGGAAUCUGAAUUGUAAAUACCCUCUGAUUUGUCAUCACUGGUGAUUUGUAGGCUAGGAAUACCUACUGGCAUUUUAUAACUUCUGUAGACAUAAGGGUUCUAGAGAAGGGAAGAAAUGUGGACAGUUACGUGGAAUCUACUCAUGGGAAGCCACCCAUUAAAACUCCAUCUAUAAAACAGGGGCAACAGACCCAUUAAUCGAGGCCCACCAGACAGUCAGUUGUCCUAGUGUCUGACAUCAAUUUCAAGAGCUCCUGGACACCAACCAAGAGACCUUAAAUAAGACCCAGGCAGGUAAUUUUUCUCUUCCUCUUACAGAUCUCAAAGUAGCUGUUUCUGGGAAAAUACAAUGACAUCAUCAUUAGCAGCUAAAAACUACUGAGCAUAAUGAACUGCCCCAGAGCUGCUAAAUGAUUUUCUCUUGAGGCCAGGAGGCAAAUCCUAUUGGGGGAGAAGGGAAUCACCCUGACUUGAAGUGUCUCACCUCAUUUUACUUUGUGUCAUAUUCUUUUUUCAUACUAGGACAUAAUUAGGAUAUCCAUUAAGGGUACCAGUGGAGGCAAUCAGAGGGAAGAAAUAUGUUGGAAUGUGCCCAGGCCAUUAAGGCAGUGGGCUUGGAAAUGUGUACACUAUGGAGAAGCUACCAUUAGGUCUGAGGGCGAUCUAUAAUAUUCCAGCUACCUGAGGCCAUAAGGCCCAGUAGAUCAUUGGUUUUAGAGUCAGAAGACUUGACUCGAAAUCCUGUCUCCACUACUGACAUCUUGUGUGAUCUUUGGCAAUUUACUUCUCCAUUCUGGGUCUCAGACAGUAACUUCAUUUUAUAGAGGAAGAAACAAGCUCCUUUCCAAAUUGAAGGCAUUAAGUACUAGAACACAUACUUAUCUUUGCACAAGUUGCAGGAAUUAGACAUGUUCUGUUUGGACCCCAAGAGUCAGAAUCAAGAACAAAGAAUGGGAGUUAAAAAGAGUCUAAUUUUGUCUUGGAAUCAGGAUAAAUUUCCUAGCAACUAGAAAUCUCUAAAAGUAGAAUGGGAUUCCUUGGGAGAUGGUGGGGUCUCUUUCCAGGGAGGUCUCCAAGCCAAGAUUAUAGAUUGUAAAGGGGUUUCCUAUUCAGGUAAAGAUAAACAGAUAUGAAGUGUGAUCCUGUAUUUGCCAUUCCCUCACUCCUCCCACCCCCUAAGAAGAAUGUAAGUUCCUUAAAGGCAGGGACCAUUUUUCUUUUUUCUUUGUAUCUCAAGUAUCCAGCCUAGUGCCUUGUACAUAGUAGGUGCUCAAUAUUUGCUUAUUGGAUAAAGGCUGGCAUUAGAGAGACAGAGUGGAAAAAAUACUAGCUAUGGAAUCAGAAGAUUGGUGUUUUAGUCUAUGCUCUACUAGUUAACAAAUACGUAAUCUUGGGCAAGUCCCUUCACCUUUGUUGGUGUCACUGUGCCCACUUUAAAGAGGAUGAAGCUAAUAUAGUGCUUUGUAAAUUGCUGCUCAAAUGGAAGCUUGUGAUGCCGGCAAGAGGGUAGCAAAGGAUGCUUGGAAAGCAGGUUCUUAAAUUGUUUGCAUAUCAUUUGCUUCUCUGGGGAAGCUUAUAGAUCUCUCCUCAGAAUAUUUUUAAAAUGUAUAAAAUUCAAUCCAUAAGUUAAUGAAAGAAACCAAUCAUAUUGAAAUAUAGUCAACAAAAUACUUUGAAGGAUCAAGUUCACAGACUCUUGGUCUUGAGGUCAAGAAAAAUGCUCGAGUAGUAAGUUGCUACCGCUGAGAGUAUCUUUUGCUGUGGGGAUGCAGGUUGAAAGGGGUUCUGUCCAAAGAGAAUGGACACUGUCAGAAUCAGUAAUCCCAUCCCCUGAGUAUGCUGGUUGGUUAACCUUGUUUCAUUUGGCCAUUCGGAUUGUCAACAGGUAAAAUGAAUGAAUUUUAGCUUUCACUGUACAGCAUGUAUUUUCUCAGGAAAUUGUAGUUAGAUAAUAUUAUAGACUUUGCUUUAUGUAAAACAAGACUUAAAGGGGAAAUGGUUAGUAAAUUGGAUCUUCCAUUUUAAUGCCCCGGGGAGAGCUGUUUCAGAAGGUGGGGUGGUAUAGUGAAAAAACCCAACAACAACACUAUACUGAAUUCUGGGUCUGGUUCUGGCCACAAAUGUGUUGCGUGACCUUGGGCAAGUCAUUGGAAACUCCUGAGUUUCACUUUCCUCAUUUGAAAAGAGGAGUGUUGGAUCCAAGCAGGUUCUUCUCUAAGAUCCUUUCCAACUCCAAUAUUCUACAAACCUAUUUAAAGGCGUCCUAUGGUACUCCUUUGGCUAAGCAAAUACAGCUUUUGUAAAGUGAACUACAGUUCUCUCAUUUGUUUAAUUUCCUUUAGGUGGCUAGGUGGCGCUGUGGGUCGUGUAGGACUUUGAGGCAGGAGGGCUUGAGUCUGGAUCCUGCCUCAGACUCUUAGGAGCUAUAUGAUCCUGAGCAAGUCCCUUAACUUAUGUCUGCCUUAGUUUCUUCAGUUGUCAUGAGGAUUAAAUGAGUUAAACAUAUAUAAAGUGCUUUGCAAAUCUUAAAGUGUUUUAUAAAUGCCAGCUAUUAUUAUUGUUGUUGUUGUUGUUAAUAGUAUUUCAUAUGAAAGGCUAGGGUGGAGCAGGAAACUCCUGCACCAUUUUCACUUGUAAUUAGAUUUUUAUACAAUGGGUUUGUUUUGUAAAGCAGGUAGUAACUGCACAAUAAAGGUGAAUUAUCUAGGGUGGAAGAGGUUCUAUUCCCUUUCCUUAACCCUAAGGAAUCAGAGUGCAUCAGGCACUAGAUCACAGGAUUACUGUGGACUAUCUACAAUACGAGGGAGAUGGGAUAACUGAUAGGAGCUGGUUAGUGUGGAUAACCUUGGAAGCAGAGACCAGCUAACAGCCCCAUCAAGGAAGAAAUGUGAGGCAAGUUAGCUCAUUUGAAAUGCAACCGUGAAUGUUUUCUGAUAGUUGCUUUGGUUUGACUGGUGAUCAGUGGUGAUCCUUAAUAAAUUAAAUAUAUAAGCUUUGAUUGCAUACUUAGGAAAUGCAAACACAGGUUAUCUAAAUCAAUGGGAGAGAAUAACUAACUGUUUGUUGUACUGGGGACAACUUGUAUCCCUGAGAAGCACAACCAGUUCCAGUUUCAAGUAGGGAGCUGACUUGGAUCUAUUCUGGGACCAUAGUGCUCAAAAAGAUUCUCAGCAUAUACAGAAAUUUCACACAGGUUUGGGAUUCUGUGGGGUCUAAUAUUUUAUACUAGGGAGCAACGGUCAGUUAACAUACCUAUCCAUUUCUCCCGUCCAUCUACCCAUUUAUCUAGCAUUCGUUUUCGUAUUUCUUUCUGUAGGAUCAUUUGCUCAGAGUAAAUAGACGGUGUCAGAGACAAAGAGAUCCAGGGAAAGUGUGUUACUAUCUCUAAUGUAUUAUAAGCUUCUAAAAGGCAGAGAGGGACCAAGCACUACCUUAAAUUACAUUUUUCUAUGUAUAUGUUGUAUCCUUCCUCACCUCUAUUUUAUCCCCAAUAGAAUAUAAGCUCUUUGGGGGCAGGUACAGAAUAUAUUUCUACUCUUUGUGUUGUCAGAACCAAGUACAGUGCCUUGCACAUAGAUAGUUAGGUUGGGGUAGUGUAAAUAACGAGUCUCCUGAAGUGGUCAUGCUAUUUGGAUUUAUAUUGCAUAUUUCCAUUGGACUGGAUCCAAUUACCCUAUUCUACAUAAUUAUAACUUUUAAUAGUGCAAAUUUGGAUACAUGCUACCAUUAGGAGAUUCAUUAUUCACACUAAUUGGGAUCUAACUGUAGUAGGUUCUUAAUACACGUUUGGUGAAUUGGUAUAAAAUAACUAUAUUAAAAGACAGAAUGAAAGACUUUACAGAGGAGGGAGUAUUUGAGUAAGGAUUUGAAUAAUAAGUAGAAUUUGAGUAGGCAAAGAUGUAAGCAAUGUCAUUGAAAAGUGACUUUGUAACACUUGUUAAUACAAAGGUACAGAGGAAAGAAAUCACAAGUUCACAGGAGGAGUCUUUCUAAACCUUUGAAUACCCAAGGCAAAGUAGGAAGAGCGGGAGAUCAAGCUAGAAACUCUAUUGGAACCAUAUUGGGUCUGAGAGCAAGGGCUUGAAUGCCAGGCUAAAGAUUUUGGACUUUAUUCUAUAAGCAAUGAAGAGUCACUCUGAAAGCUUUGUGAUAUAAUCAGAGUUGUGCAUUAAAAAGAUUAAUCUGGCAUGGUGUGCCAAAUGUAUUAUUGGUGAAUGGGUGACUCUACAUUUUUAUGCCAAGAUAUUAACAAAGUUCUAAACUUAGCUGUUUUAAAGGUUUAAUAAAUACCUCAGACACUCACUCUAAUGUACUUGCAGGAAUAUAUCACAGAACUGUGCUAAUGGUUAGAAGAUCAAAGCAGAGUCCUUCUAAAACCUCUAAUAACUCCUUUUGGAUGGAACUUAAAAUGGAUCCAUUGUUGCGUCAGUUUCUAUCUUUGAUGGGUAGGUAGUGUGUUGGGAAAGCUACAUUAUAGAAUUCAUGAACUUAAUCAUUAUUCUUCUUUACUGGGAAAUAUUAGCUUCUAUUAUAUCUCUAGCUAUAUUGUUAUAAGUAAAGUGGGAAAAGUUUCCCUUGGUAGUUGUUUAGUAAAUUAUUCCUUUGGAAAGGGGGUCAGGAGUUGUGAAAUAAAAACAUUCAUUAGGAUAUUUGAUUAAAAUCAAAAUAAACUCAUAUGAGGGAAGAGGCAUGGUGUGGUUAAAGGAGAUUAGGACUAGGAGUAAGAAGAUCUAGGCUGAUGAGAUGAUAUUUAAUGGGAGGAAAUUUAUGUUAUUGGGAAAAGUUGGCAAAAGUGGAAUAAGCUGUUCUGGAAAGUGAUGAGUUUCCUGUUACUGUCAAGCAAAAGCUUUAAACUUGAGUUCAAAAUGAAUAGUUGUACAAGUUUUAUAUAACUGCCUAGCUUAUGGUCCACUUAAAUUCUUAGAUCUUUUCAAGAUAAAUUCAUCAAGGCAUCCAUAAAACAUUGCAAGUUAAUAAGCACGAGGUUAAGUGUUGAGAAUAAAAUAAAAUAAAAUGUUAAAGUCAGUCCCUGUCCUCAAGGAGCACGCUGUCUAACAGAUUCACAUGGUCUUAUGCUGCUUCGAUAUAGGUAUAGUUAUCAGGUGUGGGGAACAGGGAGAAAAGAAUUACAUUCCAGAUGUGGCUUGACUAAGACAAAGGUCUUUCUUUAGUUAUGUGAUCUAUAUUUUAGAAAGAACUUUGAUUAGUUGGUGGUCAGCUUGGAUAGGAACUAAAGAUAUUUCCUCUGGAGAAGAGAAGACAGUGAGCUCAUGAUCAUUUUUUUAAAGCAUCCGAAAGAUUGUUUGAUGUUCUGCUUGAUGCCAGAGGGGAGAACCAGGGUGUGUGUAAAAUAUUUAUUUUAGAUUUCUAGUGUUUCUUUAGUAUGAUGAAACCUGGGGAAUCUUAGGGUUAAUUUAGAUUGCUCCAGAUGUGAAACCUUCUGCCUCCCAUCUGUUCUUUGCAAAGGACCUGUAGGUUAGGUUCAUCGACUAUGCAGUGCAAGAAGGGAAGUAAACCUCUAGGGAAAACUGUGGUUAAUGGCUUCCAAAGGAGCAUGGUGUAGCAGGAGGAGCACUGGGAGGGACUUGGCAAGGUCCAGGAGCAAACCCUAGGUUUCCUGUGUGACUUUAGGCAAAUAACUUCCCCUUUUGGGGCCUCAGUUUCCCUAACUGUAAAAUGAGAGGGUUGGACUAAAUGAGUUAUUAUGUCCUUUCUAGCUAUAACUACGAGUCCAUUGUUACAAGAUAGAUCUGAGGAUCAGGAAGCAAUCCAGAAAGAGGACUUGCUCCCUUAAACUCUCCCCUUAUUCCAGCUUUCUGCAAGCUUAGCUGCCUGGGCUUUAAUCAUCACAGUGCCACAUUUGGGUGGCUAAGUAUAGCCUAGAAAUAUUACCCCAAGUGCCUUCUGCUUCAACUGUCUUUCCUCCUGUUAAAAGACACACACACACACACACACACAAACACACACACACACACCAAUAACACCACCGCCACCAUGUGACAUACAAAUACUAUAAUUAACCCAAAGCCCAGAGAAUUUCAUUUUCCCUCCCUAAUUUCUCUGACAGCUGCCCCACCCCCUAGUCUUAAUCCUUUCCCAUCCUAUCCUGUAUCCUGACCAUGGAUAGAUACAGGUGGCACUUUUGUACCCUGCUACCCAUCAGAAGCUAGAGAAAAACAAUAACAAAUAUACCACCGCUGAAAACUCACCAUGGAUUAAUGGUGUAAUUUAGGUAGUAAUUAAUAUGCACAGUUCCAAGCUGCAUUGUCCUCCCUCAGAAUGAGUAAUGUCAGACAAAUAGCAACUAAAGCGAAUCCAUCAGGCCACAGGAGCUGUUUGCCAUUAGCUUCUGCAGAGUAAUUGAAUCUCCAAUGCAUCAUCUCCCCACAGCCAGGAGGGCCAAUCCAGGCAGCCCAGUCCUUGAUUAAUUAAUUGCUUAUCUCUGGUGUUGAGUGGGCACCUGGAGAAGUUUGUGAUACCUUCCUUCCUCUUCUCUGGGAGACCAGGAGUGGGGAAGAGCUGGAGACUUGAGGGAGAAGGUAGAAGGGAAGAGCCGACAAAAGAAAUGAUUCUUUUUUCUCUCCUUGAAACAAGACAUUGAGAGAGGCUGACAAUUUUCUUUUCCAUCCAAUUCAUUUAUCCACUUGCCUUUUAGCAGGAAGACUCUAUUGCUACACAUUUCACCAUCCCACCCUUAGUUAGAUGUGAAGAGGUCUAGAGUGGAACACUUAUAAUGACUAGAAGAGUUUAGGGCAAAGAGAUUCCUAGUAGGAGCUCUAGAAGGUCUGGGAACAACAGCAAUAAUAAUAAUGAACAGCAAUAACAUUUAUAAAGUGCUUUAAAUAUUUACAAAGCACUUUGACUGUUAUAAUAUUAGAUGUUUAUUGAAAUGGAUCAUCUCAAUUGUAGAAAUCCAUCAUAACUAUCCAAAGGAUCAUAAUUGUGGAUGCUUAAUUGCUUAUUGAUUGCCUGAUGGCACAAUAGAUAGAGUUUUGGAUGUGGAAAUAGGAAGAUGGCAUUUCAUAUCCUAAUUCUGACAUUUACUCUUUGUGUUAGCCCAGACAAGUCACGUAAUCACUUACCUUUCUUUUACAAAUGAGGAAACAAGUCAAAUACUUGGUUUUUGGGAAGAUCAUAGGGCUUUUGGAAGGUCAAAUGCAAUAAUAUGUAAAGCACUUUGCAAACUUUAAAACACUAUAUAAAAGUCUGUUAUUCCCUGAUAGCCCUACUAUAACCCUAGAUAUAUAGAGACAUGAAUUGUUCUAAUCUUGGAAUCCCAUUAUAAUCAUCAGAAGAGUUCUAAACUUAGCAUAGUAGCAUGCUGGCCUUGGAGCCUGGAUUGUCCAAGUUCAAAAUCAUGCCCAUUAUUUGCUAGCCUUGUGAUUCUAAAUGCAUUGCGUAUCUUCUUGGCAUCCUCAUUUUACAGGUGAAGAAAUUCAGACACCUGUAGUGCUUACCUCUAAAUUGCUAUGGGGUGAAUCAGUUGAGAUAAUGUACAUUUACAAACUUGAAGAAAUACUGAAUAAAUGGCAGUGAUUAUUACUUUGGAACCAAGGUAACUUCCAAGAUGGGUCUUACUUUGGAACCCUGGCAUCACCACCAAAAGAAAGGGUUUCUGUGAAGAUAAGAUUAACUUUCUUCUUGUCUAUUUUUAACUAAACAAAUCAAGAACGUAAAGUAUCCCUACUUGACACUAAUAUAUAGGACCAUUAUUGUAAGAAAUUAGACGUGACAACCACAUACCCUUCAAACCUUAUGGUACCCCAUUUUUCUCCUUCAAAGUUAACUGGCAAUGGAUAGAAUAUAGGUCAGUGUUUUUGCUUUAUACUAAGAAGGAUAUAUGUUAUAAUUGAUAGGGCACUGGACUUGAAGUAAAAAAGACCUGGAAUCAAAUUCUGCCUCAGUUACCUGGUUGGGAAAAAUGAGAGUAUUGGCCUUAAGGUUCCUUUUUCUCAAAAAUCUUACCCUAAGACCCAUGACAUGUUGAAUUUUUUUUCUUUCUAUAACAUGUGAUUAAGAAGAAUGGGGCAAAUAUUUUCAUACAUAGACCAAAAUCUUUUUGACUGUCUGAUCACUGCUCCCUUCCAAGUUGUCCCUAUGGUAGGACAUAGUAUGAUUUCAAGGAUGCUGUCCUUCAGAAUGACCUUCAGAAUUUGAGCUCUUUUGAAUUUCCUUGGGGGUAAGAAAUUUUAUUCUCGGAGUAUAAAUGUAAUGUUUGGAUGUAACCAAGAGUCAUUGGGAAUCAGUUUUGAUGAAUGAGAUGGAACGAGAUCAGAUAAAGAAAUUCCAUGUGGGGCCAUAUUGAAACUACCUUCAGCACUAGUUAUUGGAAAAAAAUUAAAGGGUAGUCCUAAAAUCAUCAAUGCUGCUACCACUGCUCAAAGCAUAGGUAUGAAGCCUUCCAAGGGAACUAUUCAGGAAGGGACAACACUGGUUUUCCUGACACACCAGAACUUAUACAUUCUCUAUACCAGUAAAUACUUCAUGCAUUUGUGUGAUAAAAGGAACACAAAUGAGUCUUUUAUUUUAAGUCCUACAUUUGUACAUAGAAUGGGGUCUUUGUUUCCUCUUUUAUAACAUGAUGGGUUGGACUCAAUGAAUCCCAAGGCUGACAGAGGUGAAAUGACUUACCUUAGAAAUCAGAGCUGGUGGGUGGUAGACCUAAGACUAACAUCAUUUGUCUCCUGUCUGCCCUGCCAGUUCUUGUUCCUCUAGGCCCCUUUUAUUUCUUCUCUUGCCCUUGGUAUUUAAAUUACCAUACUCCCUCUCAAAGAGUCCCCACAUGUCACUUUUUAGGCCCAGAUGGAGGGCACCAGAGGGGGGAUUUGGGAAGCCACCAGUAUUUUGGGGGGUGGGAAGCCAGCUCUUAAAAUAGGAAGGCUACACCAGAUGGUUUCCACUCCUAGCCAAAGCCAAGUUGCAGGUUUGGCAGCAUGGCGCCACCCAGGACAGCCACACCUCACCCUGGGAAGGAGGCUGGUGGAGACGAUGCAGAGGAAGAUGUUCUUGGAGCAGGGAGAACAGCAGCUGGGAGGUGGGACUCAUCCAUCUUGCUCCAAGCUCUGCCCCUAAAUUUGGGCCAGAGACUUUUCUGGGUGUCAGGUUGCCCUUGAAAAAGUAAAUAGAGGACAGAAAGGCUCAUGGGAUAAGCUCAAACUUAGAACCACAGAGUCAGAUAAAAAUAUAUAGUUAGAAGCAAGGUCAUAUAAGUCAAGCUGAAACAAAACAGGCACCCGCUCUAUAAAAAUGUUCAGCCUAUGCUACCUCCUAAAGUGGGAAAACUUCUAAGUCACACCAUCCAACUUUGGGAUAGCUUCAAUAUGAAGUUUUCCCCAUAUGUUUAGCUUAAAUCUUCCUUUCUUUAGAUUUUUUUUUUUUGCCCACUGUACCUACUUCUACUCUCUAGGGCCAAGUAAGACAAUAAACCCUCUUCCCUAUGACAGUCCUUCAAAUAACUGAAUCUGUCAACCAAUAGGCCAAUAGGCAUCUGUUGUUGGUUAAUUGAUGAUAGAUAUCAAAUCCUCCUUCUUUGUGCAAUAUCCUUGGUUCAUUCAACUGAUUCAUAUAUGUUAAGAUGUCUACUCCUCUCCCUACCCUGGUCUGUAUGUUAUGGAAAUGUCCUAGCUUAAUAAUAAUUGGCAUUUAUGUAGUUCCUUAAGGUUUGCAAAGCAUUUUACAUAUGUUCUCAACACUGUGAGGUAGAAUCCUAUUGUUCUAGUCGUUGCCCUUAUUUUACAGAUGAAGAAAGUCAGGUUUAGAGAGUAUAUGUGACUUGUCCAAGGUCAUGCAACUUGGAAAUGCUAGAGGCAGGAUAAUGAACCCACAUCCUUCUGAUACCAAAUUUAGCAUUCUAUCCAUUGCACCACCCUCUCUCUCACCUUGGCAAUGUCUGUAUGCAAUGCUGGUGCUGUGGAUAUAAUUAUACCAAAGAGUACCAAAUGCCCAAGUGUCUUAAAAGGGCAUCUCAUUCUUUAGCCCACUAGUGAUGACAGAAUUGGAGAAUGAUAUUCAUUAAUUGAGUUCUGUUGAUUUGAAACCGCAAGUGCACCUAUAAACAAGUGAACAACUGGGGCAACACAGUGGAUAGAGUGCCAGGCCUGGAGUUGGGAGGGCCUGGGUUCAGAUCUGGCCUCAGAUACUUCCUAGAGGUGUGACCCUGGGUGAGUCACUUUAUCCUGAUUGCCUAGCCCUUACUACUCUUCUGUCUUGGAAUCAAUAUACAAUAUUGAUUCUAAGAUGGAAAGAAAGGGUUUAAAAAAGCAGGAAGUGAACAACAUAGCUGUACUAUUUUAUUUGCUCCGUCGGUGUUGAAAGAAGAGAAUUGUCAUAUUUGAGUUGGGGUGGCUAUAAAGGCUCCAUGGAAGAGGCAGUAUUGUAGCUCAACCACAAGUCAAUGAAUGGACGUCAGACUCAGGGGAGUGAGAAGGAUGAGCAUGUCAUAUAAAGAGAGUAGUAUAAAGGUGUGGAGGAAAGAAAGUACAGGGUUUGUUUUAGCAAUGAAGUCAUCCAGUUUAAUGAGAACAGAGAGGGGACUGGAAAGGCUGACUGGGCCAGAACACAAAAGACCUUGAAAGCCAGAUCUGGACCUUAAAGCACUAUCUAAAUGUUUGCCAUCAUUAUUAUCAAAGUGAUUUUCAUGAUCUAAUCUAAUUUGGUUCUCAGAGCAAAUCUCUGACCUAGGUAACACAAACAUUAUUAGCUACUGUUUUACAGAUGGGGAAACAGGGUCACAGAAAGUCAAUGACUUAUUCAAAGUUAUAUAACUCUAUUCUAAGUAGCUGAGUCAGGAUUUGAACUUUGGGUCCUGUGUUCCUUCUGACUUCAAGUCUAGUGACUAUGAGGAUCAUGUCAUUCUCUGGUUUAAGAGACUUCUAUUGCUCUUCAUCAUCUACAGAAAAAUCUUAGGGACAGUAAUCAAUAAUUAAGAGGAUAUUAUAAUGGUCUGGCUGAGGAAUUCUGAGGGCAUAUUUAUUGAUACCUAUCUCUUCUGCAAAGAAGAAUUAAUAUUAAUAGGUCUUAAUUUCAGAUUUAAAUUUAUCCUUAAAUUCAUUUCUACAAGUAAGAGUUCUCCAGUCUACUUGGUUAGGAGAAUGAUGAUACCGUUAACAGAAAUUAAAAGGUCAGAUAGAGCUGUUGGUUUGAGGGUGGGGAAUGAAUGGUACGUGUGAUGAAUCUGGCUUGAAACCUCUUAUAAGGUUGAAAUACUAGUGGAUCAUCCAUGUAGAGACAGGCAGUAGGCUUUCUUAAGUUAAGGACGGGAACAAAGAUGAGAAGACAAGUCCAGGGAUUCAAGCCCUCCUUGGUACUGAUGCUAGUUCACUGCAUAGAAGUGACAGUUGAAGUAGAGGGAAUGGAUGAGAUCAUCAAAGGAGAGCUUGUCUAGAAAGGAAAGGAUGAAGACAAUACCAACAUGAUGAAGAAAGAAAACAAAGGUCAUUGAAAGAGAAGGAGGCAUUGUUUGAAGAGUAGAACAAUGAGAGCGCAUUCAAGCAAUGACAGAGGGCAGUUUCAUGGAGGAACAUGAACAGUGUAAAUACUUUCAAGAAGUUAAGAGGGAUGAGGUCUCAAAACAAACUAAAAUUAAAAAAAAAAAACCUCCAUGCCCUUGGAUUUGGUACUAAAGAGAUCAUGACCUACCAUAGAGAGAACAGAUUCAGUAGAGUACAUGAGGCAGAAACUAGAUUAUAACAGCUUAAUAAGUGGCUAUUGAACUGACCUGAAACUGUGCUGAAAGGAAGGCAAUAAAUGUGGAAUUCUUCUAGAAAUAUGGCAGUGAAAUAGACAAGAGAUAAGAUGGAAGUUCAAGAGACAGCAUGUUGGGGAGCGUUGUUGUUUUUGUUAGGAAAGGGAAGGAAAGAGUCGAGAGAGAUAAGAGAGAGAGAGCACAGUGCAAAGCAGGGUGAGGAGGGCAGACAGCUUCAGGUGAGACAGAGAAAGAAUGAUUAAUGGAUCAAGGGCCUAAAGAAGACAGGAAGGGAUGGGAUCAAGGGUGCAGGCUGAGAUCAGAGGGAAGGAGAGGAUGGAGGAAAGAGGCAGUGCUCUUUGGAGCUGGAGAGGAGAGAAGUGAAAGGAGGAAUUACGUAUUAAAUGUGAAUGAGAUAUUUUGGUCUGUGAGGAAGAGAAAAUGUAAACAAAACUAAACCUCUUUUUGGACAUAAUUCUCCUUUGCCAACACUGCUUCUUUAAAACUUAUUUUGUUUUUCUUGAUUCUUUUCCUCUGAAUUCCUCCUUCCUGCCUGCCAUUGCAUUCUUCACCCUCAUGACUAAAUCAUUUGUCAACUUUUGCAUUAGAUCACUCGGGCUUAAAAAAAUCAUUGUUGUAAAACAUAUUUGCACAUGAAUUAUAUUUAGAACUAUAGAGCUGGAAGGGAUCUUGGAGAUACUCUAGUCCAACAGCCUACCUCCUUUAUUUGGCUGAGAAGCAAACAGAAGCCAAAUGAGGUAGAGGGACUUGGAAAGCUAAUGUAACCUUUGAAUGACAAAAUUCAGCCUUCUGACCUCUUAGACCAGGGCCGUUUCCAUUAUACCACAAAAGAAUUAGCACAUGUUACCAAUUAUCGUUACAUUUCAUGAGCCAGAAACAAAUAUCAUUCAUAAAUAGUCAAUUCCAUUGAAAUAACUGGUGGGAGGUAGGGUGGUGGAAAAUAUUCCUUUACCCCAUAACUUGUUUUUCAAUUCAUUUUUUGGUUCUGUGUUUCCUUCUCAUGUUUUGGCUAUGAUUUGCUUCCCCCUCCUGGUGAAAUCCUCAGUUGAUUUUCAUGUCAGAUUCCAUAUUUAUCUUGAGUAAACUAUUUCAGUCAUUUCUUUGAUGUGGAUCAGGAUGUUUCCCUUGAGUCUUAUGGUCAGAGCUAGGGGCCAUAUUUUGGAAAUAAUAUAGUACUUGAGCUAGCUUGUGAGAAGAGACUGACUGGGAUGAUGAAAAAUCCAAUAAUCAUGUCACAUCAGAAACAACUGAGGGAACUGGGAAUGUUUAGCUUGGCAAAAAAUGUUUUGGGGGGCUGUGAAGAGUGGUCAUGACAGCUCUUUCCAAGUAUUCAAAGGACAAUCAUGUAAACUUGGGAUUGGAUUUGUUCUGUUUGACCUAGAAGGGCAAAAUCAAGAACCAAGGGUAGAAGUUGCAAAGAUAGUUUAAGAAAAACUUCCUAACUAUAAGGUGUUGUAUCUUGAGGUCACCCAAAGGAAGUAACAGGUUCUCCCUCACUAGAGGUCUUCAGGCAAAGUCUACCACUUGUCUCGUAUUUUGUAGGGAGUUAUAUACAUAAGUAUUGAACUAUAUGGUCCCUUCUAACUUUGAGAUUCUGCAAUCCAGAGAAUCUGGGUAACAGUGCAAUGUGUAAUACUGCCACUAAAAUGAAAAUGAAACAAAAAAAAGAAAAUGUCAAUAACAAUUUUGUUUAAAUUUUUAAAUCUCUUUCCAACUAAUUAUUCAAUUUCUAUAUUCCCAAACUAGUUCUCAUUACCCAGGUUGAAACUUUCCCCAGAUAUCUUGAUCUGGAGAAGAGAAGUCUCAGGGAAGACAAAAUGGUGGGCUUCAAGAAUUUGAAGGACUGUUACAUGAAAGAGUUAGACUUGUUUUUUUGGUCAAAUUAAGAACCAUGACUAGAAGAUGCAAAGAGUAUUCCAAUUUAGUUUUAAGGUCAGGGAAAACAUCCUAAUAAUUAGAAUGGUUCUAAAGUAGAAUGAUUUGGCUCUGGAGAUAGUGAGCUCCCUCUCUUUGGAGGUCUUCAAAUCAGAUAAUAUAUGCAGAGUGCUUAGCAUAUUGCUUGGCACACAGUCGGCCCUUAAUAAAUGCUUGUUCUCUUGCCUUAUCCGUUUUUUAAGCAGAGAUUGACAAACUACUUGCUGAGUAUGUUAUAGUGGAGUCUGUUUUGAGGGAAUGGUUGGGGACUAGAUGGCUACUGAUUUACUUUCCAACUCUAAAAUUCUGUCAUCCAUAAUUGAUGAAAGAGGUAAAAAGGCAACUGGUAUUCAUACUCCCAGAUCUUGAGGAGUUUCCUGGAAAAGUCUCUCAGGUGCAACCAUUGUGAAUGUUGCUCUUCCCUAAAUUCUCCAUAAUUACUUCUUCUAAGUAUGGGAUGAUGCUACCAAUAAGUAGAUGAUUGGCACAGGUACACACGUAUAGCCAAGGCUAGUGGAGAUCUUAAUAAACAAGUCACCUAGAGUCUUAGAUCCUCAAUUUCCUUCUAUGUAAAAGAAGCAAGUGAAAUGAGGUGCUUUCUAUGAUCCAUUCCCACUCCAAGACUUUAUGAAUUUAUUUUUAGUGGAAAUCAUGUACUUUUGGGGAGGUUAGACUAGAUGCCCUCUUAUGUCUCUUUCCUUUGUAAGACUCUGUGAUCCUCUGACUCAUUCUCAUCAAUCAUUUUCUUCUAUUAAAAGACUUCCUAGCAUCUAAUCUCAGGACUUCCCUCUCUUGCAACUUUAGAGUGGAAUUGGAAGCAAAGUAGACUUCCAUUAAAGUAGACUGGCUUAGCAGACCUAGGCAAUACUGAAAACUUAAGACUUGUAAAACAGAAUCAAUCUACAAACACUGGGGCAAACUUCAAUCAGGGACUAUAGGACUUUGAAAGACACAGAUGAAAGGAAAUGGGAAGAUUGAAGAGAGUUACCUUCAUUGUUCUACUAGAAGAAUAGCCAGGAAGAAAUCUGAAAUAACGUUCAUAGUGACCAACAAAGCUAAUUCUCAGAACUAGAAUACAAAAGACUUUUCCUAGAAAUCUGGGUGCUGGAUUGAUAGCAACUUUUGACUGUUGAUCACAGAAGUACAAUAAAACUUUAAGUAGAAUGCUCAGUUGGGUAAUUGAGGGGAGGAAGACAGGAUGGUAACACUUUUUUUUUCCUAACGAAAUGACUGUUCCACCCCCCCCCCCAUUUUCUUACUUUCUUUUCUUUUCUUUAAAAAAACAAACAACAACAUCAAAACAACUUUACCCAGGUUUCAUUGCCAUGGGAACUCUCAGUAUGAUAAUUUCUUCCACCUACUGGCAACUCUUCUUCAUUUUAAAGUUUUAAAAUGUUCUGGAACCCUGAGAGGGUAAGGGAUUAGUCCCAUAGGCAGUAUAUAUCAGAAGGGGAACUUGAUUCCAUGUAUCAAUCCAAGUCCAGGACCCUACACACUGCAAUGCUGCUUCUUAACUGAGGGCAAAUCUCUCUUUUUUUUUUUUAACUUUACAAAAUAGACUCAUGCAAGGAUAAAAAAAAAUUAGAGUUUGAUAAACAGCCAAGAUACUAGAUUUAUUUUAGAUUUAUUCAGGAUCUUAUAAGAUCUUGGGGGAACAUCUUGGAAUGUCUAUGUUCACUUGACUUCAAGAUGUCACCUUAGCUGCUUGUUUUGAUUUAAUCCCUAAAAUACACUUGUCUGCUCCAAUUCUUAAAAGAAAGGAAGGAAAAACAAGAAUUUCAUUACAUUGUUGGUUCUGGCUUCCUGGGGUCUGGUUCAUUGACUUUCUUCCAUAAGUCAAUAAAUAGAUCCUCAGAGAAGAAUCAGACAUUUACCUCUUCCCAUGGUGGAUCCUUCAGUCCUUGAAGAGUUUUGAUGGUUGCCAUUUGGCUGGAAAGGGGACCAUGAGAGAUUAUCCUGUUCAUCUCUUUGCCUAUUUAAAGAGAUCUCUCCUAAAUAGUUCCAGUAAGAUACUGCAUGGGAAUUUUUACAAAUCUGGUCCAGGGAUGUUUAUUGACUAGAAUGCUUGAUAACUUUUUCCCAUGUUUUAUUUCCUCAGCUCUUCCAAGUGGUGUUCCUUUGUUGGUAGUUAAGAACAGUUCACAUUCAUAUGAUACUGUAACAGUUUACAAAGGGCUUUCCUUACAAAUGCCCUGUGUGGCAAAUCCUGAAAGUAUUCUUAUCCUCAUUUUUUUUCAGAUGGGGAAAUUAGGUCUCAAAGAAGGGAAGUGACCUGCCCAAGGUCACUCAGCUAGUCAGUAUCAGAUCUGGAACUUGAACUCAGUUCUUUGGGCUCAGUCCAGACCUCUUUCUACUAUACUGUGUUGCUAAUCUGGGUUUUUGGCCACAACUUACUCAGUGUUUAAAUCCAGAUUUUUAUCCUUUGUGAUUUUAAACUAGUCAACAGGAAGGAAAACUUUCUAGUUGUUCCCAGCAGGCCAAGAGAACACAGAUACUUUCUCUUUAAGAUACAAUUUCUUAUUUUAACUAGCUGUUUUCUCUCUGAGGUCCAAGGAUAUAAACUAUUUCCAUUUGUGAUCUCCUGGGGGGGGGGUUCUUUUAUGAAAGUUUUCUUUCCAAACACACUCACUGAAAUAAUUGUGUACUCAUGGGAGAUUAUUUGGGGGUGGAAAGGGUGGGGGGUAGUAAAUUCCUUGUGUUCAUUUGAGGUGUAUGUAUGAAGUGUAUUGACUGGGCAUCUUUUGGGUCUUGUGAUUUUUGGUGCAUUCCUAGAGGAUUCUAAUGAAUGUGUAGAAGAGAACCUAAAUCCAGUACCUUGUUGGGCAGCUGAAAAGCCCUUAUCAACUGUCUCUGACCUGGACAUACCACCAAAAUAUUUCUUUAGGGAAAUAUCUUGAGAGGGAAUUCUUAAAGCUUUUGUCCAGAGCCCUGCCAACCACACCAAGGAUCACCAACAUCCAGGACGACAAGGGAUCCAUCACUCACCCUGAGAAAAUUUCUCCCAAGGAAUUGUGUCUGGGGGUGUAUUGGGACUUGAGGGAUGCAGGCUGGUUGUCAGCCCCGUGGAGGAGGGACACAUCUGACUGAGCAAGCAGAAAACCAGGGAUUCUCACUUGACUACAGAGAACCAAACUUCAAAGAAACCUGAUUGUGUUUGUUUGUUUGUUUUCUGUUUCCUUUUCUGGCCUUCUCCCUUAUAUGGGGAGGCUGUCUUCACAAAUGGCCUUAGAAUGCCGUUCUGAAGUUAGCAGAAUGAGACAACAGUCGAACGAAUCUAAGAGGUAUUUAUUAUCGCAGCUUACCUGAAGAAUGAAAAACAAAACAAAAAACUGUACCACAAAUGUUUACAAGUCCAAGUAGACAUCCGACCCAUGUAAAAUAUGUAAUUUAUGCAAGGGAUUGCAUCUUUCUUUUGUAAUGAAUGCACUAGAGCAACCCUGUAUAUAUUUUACAAUGUCUUUACAAAAAAAAGGAGAAAGAAUCAUUUACUGUAGUGUUGUAAAAUAAUGCACUUUUCUAAUUUUUCAUUAAAAAUCCUAUGGCACGUU